CUCCGUGACUCCAAAAUCAACGCUAGAUCUCUUCUACGAUCAUGCAACUCUCAGAUCUAUCUCCAUCGCUCUAUUCCAUCUUCACCUUCACGCUCUUCCGAAGCCGUCGGUUCCAUCCAGCAACAGCAACAGGAAGUUACCGGCACUUUCACCACCACCGAUGGUGAAUUGCCUUUUCACUCCGCAAGGUCAUAUGCGCCUCGUUGUCCACAGAGGAAGAGACUUACGGCUGCAAGAUCGGUGUUUUAUUUGAACCAUAACUCUACCAGUCUGACCUCCGAUGGCCCUGAACCUGCCAUUGACGUUUUUAGUGCCGAUUUCCUUGUUGCUCAUUAGCUUAGCUCAAUUAGUAGUUCCUAUCGGUUAAUAUUGUACUAGAAAAGAACAAUUUUUACAGCAGAUUAGUUGGCGUCGACCAUUCGCGAUCGGAUGACAAGCUCUCUUGUUCCUUCGGGGGUUAUGUGAAAAUUAUGUCAACUAGGGCUCAGAACACAAUAAAUAAAGUCAUUUAUUGUUCAAUUGAUUUCA